UUUGCGCGCGAAACACUGCAAUAUUUCCUCUUUCAGAAUUUACACAGGUACAAUGCUAUUCUUGACCAUAAUAACGAGAGUAGUAUAUUGGUAUAUGGACCACAACAACCCAGUCAAGUUUGUGGAACAAGAAACAGAGAUAAAGAAGAUUAAAAGCUGUAAAAAGACUGUAAGAAUAGUAGAACCGGAAAAGGAACCGAGUAUGACAACUACAGAGAAUACGAUCACGUUGAUUGAAGAAUCGCAAAAUAAAGGAAACAAGUCCCAUAUGCGGGAGACAUCCGAGUACAAAUGUACCGGAUGUACAAACGAGGAUACCACCAGGAGGCGCUGUUGGGAGAAGAAUCAAAUCGACUAUAUGGGACGUGAUUCAUUCGACAACAUUUUGGCAAAGCUCGACCAAAGCAUGGCCGAAUAAUUCGCAUAAAGUGUCGUAGAGUACUCUUUAGAAGACGUUCAGAAAGAACGCUCUAUAUUGUAUGGUAUAGAUCGAUUCGUCUGCGCAUGUCACAACCAGAACGUGACCAAAACAGCCAAAAGGGUUGUUACUGGAGUCUUCCUGAACACGUGUCACGAUCAUUAGUGAAGAAGAAAGGAAGCAUACAAAUCAGGCAACCCACACACUGGAAGCUGUCGUUUUACCCCUUUCUGCUAUCACAAAAUGUUCUGACCGGAAGUUGACAAGAAUCUCAAAUCCAUCAUAUAAACGACACAAUUGUGCAUUUCGUCAUAGAAAAAGACAGUUGUGUGGGAUUUGCUGUUAAAAUCUACAGGGAAACAGACCGGUCGUCUUUGUUGUUAAUCGAUCUUUCCCAGGAUUCCUUGUGACAUGGCGACAGCAUUGUGUAGUUAUAGAGUGCAUACAAAGAAAGCACGAACCUAGCUGAAUCUAUACCUAACUUGGAUGCAUUACAACUAGUCAUGCCAGGAAGGAUGAAUUCCUAAUCAUAUUGAGUUCAGUCAGUGAUAGUCUGGUAGAUCGAUAUGAACUUAGUCCAAUGUUUUCGAUUAUAUUUAUAUGGACUGGACCUUUCUUAUUUUAUAUACAAUUGGUUUGGAAAAUUUAUAUUAACUAGAAAGUUUGAUUUUUGUAACA